CCGAGUGGCAGCAUUAUUUUUGCUCAGUGGACUGCCGUGCUGUCCGCUGCCCCUCACCCUGCUGCUUCGCCUGUACCUGGGACUGGCUUUGGCUACUUUUGGAAUAUCUCCCCAUUUCUCUUAUUUUCAACUAGUAAGGAUUUAGGGAUUCUUAGUUGUGAGCUGGUUAAGAAAAGAAAAGUCUGAAAUCAUAAGUUGGCGGAGUGGCCUUCAGGAUGUCAGAAUCAAUACAAGUGACGCAGAAGCAGCAGCUGCUGCAGCAGCAUCAGCAGCAUCACUAUCAACGACAGGAACAGCAGAAGCAUCACUUUGAGAGCAGCUGUUACCUGAGCUCCAAGUCUUCUGUUAGCCAGCAGUCGUUCUCCACUUUCAAGACUUCCAGCCGUCGCCUGAAGACCUCUGUGAAGACAGAGAAAGGGCAGGAGGUGGUUAAACUCAGCCCGCUACCCAAAAGAGCCAAACGCACCUACCUGGCGAUGGACAAGGACAAAGAAGUUAUCGGCUAUGUAAUCCCCGUAUUCAGAGCCAGUCACGAGGAGGUUCGAGGUCUGAUGGAGGCCCGGGAGGACGAUGUCACAGAGGAGGGGAUCAACUACGUGGCCAUGAGGAACCUGUUUGUCAGGGAGGCCAAGGAGGCCAUGAGUGUUAGAGUCGAGAAGAAAACCAGAACAGUGCAUAUCAGGGAAUCAGCUGAACGUGUUGAACUGAGCAGGACGAUGGACGAGUGGUCUGAGUUCCGUAAGAAGAUGAACCCAGACAGCCUGACACACCGUCCGGAGUUUAUCGUCAAGCCCCGUGGACAGACUGCCUGGGAGGGCAAGAAUGUGAAGCUGCACUGCACUGUGGCUGGAUGGCCUAAACCCAGGAUCGCCUGGUACAAAAACAACGUGCUCAUUGAUGCUGAGGCCCACCCCGAGAAGUACACAGCCGAGAGCAAUUACAACAUGCACUCCCUGGAGAUCAAGAACUGUGAUUUCUUGGACACCGCUAGGUAUCACGUCUCUGCCCUCAAUGUGAAGGGGGAAUCUUCUUUUUUUGCUACUGUUGUUAUCAAAAGGUUCCAGGAAGGCGAGGAAGCAGGCCCUCUUGAUCCUAAGCCACAUGGUUUCUGCACUGAACACGGUGUAACGUUUGAAACAACCAUCAUCGACAAAUUUGAAGUGGCCUUUGGCAGUGAGGGCGAGACACUGAGUCUGGGCUGCACUGUCAUCGUUUAUCCCACUGUGAAGAAAUACCAGCCUGAAGUCGUGUGGUACAGAAACUUGACCCCUUUGAAGCCCUCUAAAUGGGUACACACUAACUGGUCUGGGGAUCGUGCCACGCUUACACUCGCCCACCUGAACAAGGAAGAUGAGGGCAUGUACACCAUGCGCGUCAACACCAAGUCUGGCUUUGACAACUACUCAGCCUACGUGUUUGUCAGAGAUGCCGAAGUUGAGGUAGAGGGGGUUCCCGUGGCCCCCCUGGAUGUGCGUUGUCAUGAUGCCAACAAGGACUAUGUGGUGGUAACCUGGAAGCAGCCAGCGAUGGAGGGCAGCAGCUCCAUCCUUGGAUACUACAUCGACAGGUGUGAGGUGGGCACUCACCACUGGGCUCAGUGUAACGACACCCCUGUGAAGUACGCCCGCUUCCCUGUCACAGGACUGGUGGAGGGGCGUUCUUACAUCUUUAGGGUGCGGGCCCUGAACAAGGCGGGAGCCAGCCGUGCGUCUCGUGUCUCUGAGGCUGUGGUAGCAAUGGAUCGCUCAGACAGAGCCCGCCUCAGAGCUGGUCCCUCAGCUCCUUGGACUGGCAUGAUCAAGUUCACAGAGGAGGAUUCCACUGUGGGCGUCGUCCCCGGAGAACCCUCUGAUGUUGUGGUUACCGAGGCAACCAAGAGCUAUGUGGUGCUCGCCUGGAGGCCUCCAGUGCAGAGAGGUCAUGAAGGAGUCAUGUAUUAUAUUGAGAAGUGUAUGGCUGGCACAGACACCUGGCAGAGGGUGAACACCGGCAUGCCAGUCAAGUCUCCUCGCUUUGCCCUGUUUGACCUCGCUGAGGGAAAUUCCUACAACUUCCGCGUGCGCUGCUGCAACUCUGCCGGUGUGGGCGAGCCCUCUGUCGCCACAGGGGAGAUAGUUGUCGCAGAUAAACUGGACCUGCCCUCGGCUCCAGGCAACACAGUGGCCAUCAGGAACACCGACACCUCUGUGGUGGUGACCUGGGGGGCCUCCAAGGAUGUCAAACAGCUCAUCGGCUACUAUAUUGAAUGUAGUGUGGUCGGCACUGACGUCUGGAUGCCUUGCAACAAUAAACCUGUCAAGCAGACCAGGUUUGUGUGCCAUGGCCUGACCACCGGGGCAAACUAUGUGUUUAACGUCAAGGCAGUCAACGCUGCAGGAUACAGCCAGAGUUCCCCUAAUUCUGAUGCUGUGGUUGUGCAGGCGGCCAUCUCCGUUCCAGGGAAGCCGUCUGGUGUGACCCUGCUGGAAGCUGUAAAGGACUACAUGAUGCUGGAAUGGAGCGAGCCUGCUAAAAACGGAGGAGCUGAUAUCAGGGGAUAUUUUGUGGACUACAGGACCGUGAAGGGAGUUGUUGUUGGGAAAUGGCAUGAAAUGCACGAGAAGGCAUUGACUACUGCCUCCUAUAAAGCUGAGAAUCUGAAGGAGAACGUCUUGUACCAGUUCCAGGUGCGUGCUAUGAACAUGGCAGGUUUGAGUAAAGCCUCUCUGCCCAGUGCAGCUCUGGAGUGCAAGGAAUGGACCAUUACUGUUCCAGGUGCUCCUGUUGGUCUUCAUGCGUUGGAGGUUCGUGACACCUCUGCUGUGGUCCUCUGGGAGCCACCUGCAUUUAGCGGCCGCACUCCUGUCAAUGGCUACUAUAUGGAUAUCAAGGAGGCCUCUGCUGGAGAUGAAUGCUGGAAGGCUGUUCAUGAGAAGGUCAACAAAAUGAAAUACAUGAAGUUUACAGGGCUGAAGGCUGGUUCAUCCUACGUCUUCCGUGUGCGUGCUCAAAAUCUUGCUGGAGUUGGAAAGCCCUCAGCAAUGUUAGGUCCAAUCUUGGCCCAGACUCGCCCUGGCACCAAUGAGAUAUAUGUGGAUGUCGAUGAUGAUGGCGUUAUCUCUAUGGUGUUUGAGUGCUCUGAAAUGAAAGAGGGAUCUGAGUUUGUGUGGUCCAAGAACUACAAGGCUAUGACCGACACCUCUCGUCUGACUAUUGUCAAUGAAAAAGGAAGGACCAGAGCUAUCUUCAACAGUCCCUCCCUGGAGGAUCUGGGCACGUUCUCCUGUGUGGCCACCAACACUGAUGGCAUCUCCUCCAGCUACACGCUCACUGAGGAGGGUCUCAUGCGUCUUCUGGACAUCAGUCAUGAGCACAAGUUCCCUGUUAUUCCCUUCAAGAAUGAAAUGGCCAUGGAUCUGCUUGAGAAGGGUCGCGUGCGAUUCUGGACUCAGGUGGAGAAAUCCAGCUCCGCUUGCCAAGUGGAUUACGUCUUCAAUGAUGUCAUCGUUACUCAGGGCAAGAAAUACACAAUGAACUUUGACAAGUCUACCGGCAUUAUUGAAAUGUUUAUGGACUCUCUGGAGGUCACUGAUGAGGGAACGUUCACCUUUAACCUGGUGGAUGGAAAGGCUAAGGGAACAACCAGUCUGGUGCUCAUUGGAGAUGAAUUCAGGGAGCUUCAAAAGAAAUCAGAAUUUGAGAGGGCAGAAUGGGUCAGGAAACAAGGUCCUCACUUCGUGGAGUACCUUGGCUUCACUGUUACUUCAGCAUGUGAUGUGCUCUUGAGAUGCAAGAUAGGAAAUGUCAAACCAGAGACUGAGAUCACCUGGUCGAAGGACAGCAUUGAGAUUGCUGAGGACGACGAGGAGGCCCAGAAAAUUGAGAGACAGGAGAGCGAGCUGACCUUUAAUAUCGGAAAGUGGAUUAUUAAGCAAGAGAUACAGGAAGAAAAAGGACGAAAAAAGGCGCCUGCUGUGGACGUUCCCCCGCCGCCAAGACCCAAAAUCUGCAAGAAGGAUGCAGGUAUUUACGACGUGUUCCUGAGGGACGACAGAGGCAAAGAUAAGAGCACGUUCAAUCUGACAGAUGCAGGAUACCAAGCUGUAAUGAAUGAACUGUUCAGGGUUAUUGCCAACUCCUCCACUGAUAUCCAAGUCAUCAGUACUGAGCAUGGCAUCAUCCUCUACUCCAAUGUCACACAUUACAACGAGGAACUGCGUGUUGGUUGGCUCCACAAAGAUGCUAAGAUUGCCGCCUCAGAGAGAGUUAAGUCUGGAGUCACAGGGGAGGAGCUUUGGCUUAAGAUCAACGAGCCCACUGAGAAGGACAAGGGCAAAUACAGCAUGGACGUCUUUGAUGGCAAGGAUGGUGUAAAGAGAGUGUUCGAUCUGUCUGGCCAGGCAUGGGAACAGGCGUUUGAGGAAUUCCAAAGGCUCAAGGCGGCAGCAAUCGCAGAAAGAAAUCGUGCUCGUGUUGUUGGAGGCUUGCCAGAUGUGGUUGCAAUCCAAGAGGGCAAGUCCCUGAACCUGACUGGCAAUGUCUGGGGCGAGCCCGCACCUGAGGUGUGCUGGACGAAGAACGAGAGGGAGCUGGUGUCUGACGACCGCUACAAACUCAAGUUCGAGCAUGGCAAGUUUGCCAGCAUCACAAUUGCUGCCGUCACCACGGCUGACUCUGGCAAAUACGCCCUGGUGGUCAAGAACAAGUACGGCACAGAGGCUGGUGAGUUCACUGUCAGCGUCUACAACCCAGACGACGACGAGAACAAAGAGAAGAAAGGCUAAAGGAUGAUGAUGCUGUGUUAUGAAAUAAAGCAGAAAAGAUGGAACAGCUGGCUUAUCGCCAAAGCAUUUUAUUCUGGCACAUGCCGGUGCACCAAAGCAGUAUGAAUAAAAGAUGAAUACAGCUGCUUCCUCCUGCGUCUUUCAUGUGCUGGGCUAAAGAGCUUUGGGUAUUACUUUUCGAAGAAGCAAACUUUGUAUGUAUUACAGAUAGGAUAAUUGUACGCAUGUAGUGGUUUGAGAUGUCUUCUGUUAGCUCAAGCAAAUAUGGUAAAUUAUUGUGAUGUUUCCUCAAGGAAAAUGGUUCAUUCAUCUUUUUGUUAAUUCUUUUCAAAAAUAGCAUUAAGGCCAAGAAGAGCACAAUGCUGUUCUCUCAUAAUAUUACAGAAAUUAAUUCAGAAGAUUUCGACCUCAUGCCGGAGGUUUGUGUAAAAAAAAAUAAAGGAAAAAUUGAUGUCAUGAA